AUGGCCGAUGUCGAGAAGAAGGAAGAGCCCGUGGCGACUGAGCAGCACGAGAAUGACACGGGUGCCGGCGACGAUGGCGACGACGAGUUGAAAAUAUUCGCACAAACGGGCAGGGCUGAUGCAUUUUGCACGCAGCAGGAGAUCUCGGCGAUGAAGAAGAGGGUGGCCGAGAUGGAAGAGGAGGCCGCCAAGCUUAGGGAAAUGCAAGCGAGUCUCGACUCGCAAAGCCAAGAGCUCAACACCGAGAGCAGGGAUGACGUCGACAGCCGCAGCAUCUUUGUCGGCAACGUCGACUACUCGGCCUCCCCAGAGGAGAUCCAGGCGCACUUCCAGAGCUGCGGCUCCAUCAACCGGGUCACCAUCCUCCUCGACAAGUUCACGGGCCAACCCAAGGGAUUUGCCUAUGUCGAGUUCACGGAGCCUUCCCUUGUAGCGCAGGCACUGGUUCUUAACGAGAGCGUCUUCAAGGGCCGUAACAUCAAGGUUUCUCCAAAGCGAACAAACUACCCAGGAAUGAGCCGAGGCCGUGGGAGGGGUCGCGGGCGUGGUGGCUUUGGACGCGGCGGCUUCCCUCCCAGGGGAGGCUACCGGGGCGGCUACCGUGGACGCGGGCGAGGCUUCACGCCUUAUUAG